ACACUACACAAAUGACCAACCUAUCAUUUACGAUCGGUAAAAUUGGGAUAUUUUAACAGACAGUAUUGACUUUAAGUGCACGCGAUAAAAGAACAAUUAAGUUUAUAAAUAAUAAACGAGUAAUACCUCGUUAUGUUAUUAUUGUGCGGAUGUUCUGUUCGAUUUAAUUGCUCGAGAACAAACUGAACUACAACCUGCCGACUCGAAAUCGAAUCAUGAGAACAGUAGAUGAGUAAUUGUGUUACGAAUCAGUAAUUUAUACUUUAAGAAAAUGAUUUAUGUGUUUUUUAAUUCAUGUAUUUACGUCUCGGAUUUGAUGUAUAACUGCGUAGGUUAGCUUAUCCAGUACUGUGAGAAAAUUCCAGACUACGACGAAUACACAAUUUCGAGAAUAUGGACGUAGAUAAAGUAGCCGUGUUUGCUAGUGUAGGAAUCGCAAUUGUUGUUGCAGCGUUUAUCUUAUGGGGCCCUUCACCUAAACCUAGAAAAAAAGGGAAAGUCAUUGGAAUCAAUAAUUUAGGGUAUACUUGUUUUUUGAAUUCCCUGUUACAAGCUCUAGCUGCAUGCCCAAUGUUUAUUGGAUGGGUAAAAAAGCAAAAUGAAAAAAUGGAGAGAGCUACGUUCAUACCAAGCCUCCUAUCUGUCUUUGAGAAAAUCAAUGGAUAUACAGAAGACUUGUAUGGUGAUGUAACACCAGUAGAAAUUAUAUCAUCACUUGGGAAUCAAUGGAAAUUUGCACCUGGCCAUCAGGAUGUGCAUGAGUUAUUUCAUGUGGUUCUCAGCGCAUUACAAGCAGAAAUUCAACCAGUGAAUAGGAAAGGUUGCUUAUCUGAUGCUUUGCCGCAAAGUCCAGUGAUGGUACCAGACACAAAGAAGUCAGAUACGAGAUACAAUGAUCCCAUAACAUUUAGAAGUGUAUCUUGUAAUGAUAUCGUGUCAGUUAAUAACAGUAACAUACCCAAUGGUUUCGACAGAAAUUGCAAUAACCAUGUAAUGUCUUCAACGACAUCCGUAUCAAAUAUUCCAAUGACGCAUAACAAGCCAGGCAUGAUCCUAGCUAGAUCUUCAGAAUUGCUUUCAAAAAGUAUCGGUUCUAAGGAGAGUAAAGACUCUUUCAAGCCAUGGAGCUCUUUAUGCACCAUGCCAUUUUCUAACGUUCCCCCGAUGUCGGUAGAGGUGCAUCCAUUCUCAGGCUUAUUAACUAGUCAAUUACAAUGCAGUCGUUGUAAAUGGAAGUCUGCAGUACAUUAUGAUAAAUUGGAAACGGUUUCUUUACCGUUGCCUCCUAUGGGCCCAUAUAUUAAAUCGCAUCAUACGUUAGAGGAAUUAUUAACGCGCUUCGUGAGCAGUGAGGUCGUUCAGGAUGUACUGUGCGACGGAUGUGGGAUGCGUUGUGUCGCUACUAAAACCUUGACUCUAGGUAAACUUCCGAAAUGUUUAUGUCUACAUAUAUCAAGAACCACGUGGAGCUCUUCAGGAGUACCGAUCAAGAGAGAUGACCCAGUCAAAUUUCCUGAGAUACUAGCUUUAGAUCCUUAUACUUUCACGGAAACAAGAAAGCGAAAUGCGCGGGGUGAUCCUGAGGCAACGAUGCUACUCACCAAUAGAACGACGUCGCAAGAUAAACAUAAGUAUCAGUUACGUGCGAUCGUGGAACAUCGCGGACCUGUCGAUUCUGGGCAUUUCGUUUGCUAUAGACGAGGAAAUAAAGCUGGUCAAUGGUUAUACACGUCAGAUAACGUAGUCGAAGGUAUAUCCUUUAUCGAGGUCUCGUGUGCCACGCCAUAUCUUCUCUUCUACGAGCGUGUUAACAGCAUAUAGGAAUAGCUAGUAACCAAUUUCAGUGAUCACAACAGAUAUAGGAACAAUACAUUGAAGUAAUAUUAUUGUAACCGAAUUUAAGAGACUGAUUGUGUUUAAACAGUAACUUCUAUAUGUAUCUCUUGUAAAGUAGACGAAACGGUAUUAAAUUAUUCGAGAAUGCUUAAGCUUACGUAGAUUGUAUGUUUUUCCUUUGAAUGUUUUGUUCCUAUUUGAGUGGUAUUUACAGAAAGACGAAAAUGUAGAAAUGGUUCUCAGUUCACUUGACAGUGUUACAAAUUAAACUGGAAAAUUCUUGACGGUAUAUAUUUUAAGAAACAUCUACUUAAUGAUUUAUGUACAGUGUAGUAGUUGAUAGUUAAGACUAGGAUCUCUAGAUAUUAUACUUAGUAUGUUAUAGAAGAAAUUAGCUUAUUGCUUGAUAAAUUGCAGAAACUAAAGUAGGAAUAAAAUUGUGCCAAAUAA